AUGUACGAAGCAGAGGACGCGAGCGUUGCCGCGCUGAGACGGGCCGUCUGCGACGCCAUCGUGUGCGGCGCCCUCAACACGCCAGUCUCGAAGCCGUCGAAGCAGGCCCUUUCGCAGCAAUCAGGGCGGCUCCCCAAUCCUCUUCCGCUUUACAACCCCCCUCAACGCAAGCCGCUUUCGAAACGCAAUCCACUUCCAUGCAAGCCACUGCCGUUGUACGCGCCCACUCCACGGCCGCCCCCCUCGGCCCUCUCGCAGCCGCGGUCCGUCUGGGAGGCCGACGGCUCGGACGAGUCGACCAACGGGCCGCGUGGCUGCGCGCGGCGGCUCAAGAGCAAGCUGCUGCUGGGCUGUCUCGCCGCGGCCGUGCUGGUCAUUGCCGGCGCCGUCGUCGGGGCGGUCCUCGGGCUCCGGGCCACGCGCAAGACGGCACGGGCGCGCGACACGGGGGCGCUCGCGCACGCGGCGUCGCAGCUCGGCGCGUGGAGCCAGACGGCCGCCGACGGGACGCUCGACCAUGCCGUGGCGUUCCAGGACACGACGGGGGCCCUCGUCGUCGUCGAGUGCCACGGGAACGUCUCGGAGGCCUUUGCGCUCGCCAGCCGGGUGCCGCGCCUGCCGAGCCCGCUGCUGGGCACGCCGAUCCGGAUCCAGCCGUUUGGCGAGGCGCCGGACCUGCACGUGUUUUACCUCGACGAGCGGCGGCUCAUACAGCACGUCGUGCGCGCGGGCGACGGGCGCGGCGCGUGGAUCCUCGACGACGCCUUUUCGACCGACGGCCCCGGCGACGGCGCGCAGGCGUACGUGGCGGACGGCCGGGCGCUCGCCGUCAUGACGACGCCGGCCGAGGCGCACGAGCAGCACCCGGCCAUGGCGGUGCUGUACUGGGACGAGCAAAAGAACAACACGCUGGGGCUGCUGCGACGCGAGGCGCCCUUUGACCAGACGAGGUGGACGUUUCAGCGGGUGCAGCUGGAGAACGGCGCAAAGAGCAUGGGCUCGCCCGGACUGCUGGCGGGCCUGGCGCUGGGGACGUAUGAGGAGAUGGCGGCCAACGCCUCGACGUACGUGAGCGCGGGCAACGCGGUGGUGGCGACGAUCCGGAUCCUGUGGGACGCGGACGGCGUGGCGCUCGAAACCUGCGUCCCGUCGGGCACGCCGUACGCGCAGCAGUGCUGGAGCCGGGCGGUUACAUAUUCGGACGAACACCUGCGGGACCGGGUGCGCGACGCGCCCAAGCCGCUGCAGAUGGCGGAGCUGGUGCUCGACAACGAGCCGGACCGGCGCGCGUCGGUGACGGGGUUCCUCGGCGGCGGGCGGUACUGGGAGGCAUACUGGCGGGACGACAACUGCACGGCGGCCAUGGAUCUGCACCUGGCCGACGGGCUGGGGGACCUGGCGGGCUUCGCCUUUAUGCAGUCGCGCAUCGUGUUGGCGCUGCGCAACGGCACGCUGGUGCAGCUGCGGCGGUGCCCGUGGUGGACGGGCGCGUGCGGGGACGAGGUGUUUACGGUGAUGGGCGCGAUGAACACGUCGCUGAUGUCAUGACGGUGCGGCGUGCGGCGUGCGGCGUGGUGAGGGCGUGGCGUUGUGGACGUAGUCUACAUGUGCUGCCUGUUGGUGUUGACGCGAUAUCGACGAAAGACGUCGGCACUGUGACUCGGUCACACAGGCUCUCACGAGGUCGUGCCGCGGGAUCUGGCAAACGUUAGCAGCAAUGAUGAGCAACGUAACGCGGGCAGCGCAUGUAUAAAUCCACAGGCAGAG